CUGCUAAGCGAACAGUUGGACUUUGAGUUCUGCAACAACUGGAAAUAAGAAUUAAAUCACUUGAUCCAGGAGGUGCCUGGACAGGAAUGGCAAAUUUUAAGGGCCAUGCUCUCCCAGGGAGUUUCUUUAUAUUGUUCGGUCUCUGGUGGUCAGUGAAAUACUCACUGAAACAUGUCAGCAGGACACCGAAGAAGAAUAAUCAUGUCCAGAGGAACUUCAAACAUGUGGAGAUCAUUGAAGGGGCAGUCAAAGUUGUCUUUACAUUGGCAGGGAUUCUUGCUGAGCAGUUUGUCCCCGAUGGACCCCACCUCUAUCUCUACAGGGGACAACCACGAAGUUGGGUGAAGUUGAUGAACUGGCAACAUUCCACCAUGUAUUUAUUCUUUUUGAUCUCUGGAGCAGUGGAUAUAAUCACCUAUUCCACGACCUUAAUGCCUCUUGGGCUGGAUCGCUUCAUGCUGGGUAUUGCGGUCUUUGUGGAAGGCUUCCUCUUCCAAUAUCAUGUCAGCCAACGGCCAAUGCUGGAUCAACACAUCCAUGUCAUGCUCCUGACGGCCAUCUAUGCUGGUGUUGCUACCUGCGUUAUACAAGUCUUUGUGCAUGACAAUAUGAUUUUGGACUUAUUUUCAGCCUGCCUGGCCCUCUUGCAAGGAACCUGGUUUUGGCAGAUAGGUUUUGUGUUAUAUCCACCAUGGGGAGGACCAGAAUGGGAUCUGAAUGACCACAGCAACGUAAUGUUCGUCACCAUGUGCUUUUGCUGGCAUUUUGCCCUUGCAAUCUUCAUUACGGCAGUGAAUUAUACCCUGGUUUAUUGCUACUUCCACAAUUGUAAAAGGAGCAACACACAAAUUACAAUUGGACUUGGCAUAAGGAUGCAAAAGAACGCACAUGCUCCCCUCAUAAAUGAAUCGGAUGAAGAAUAAGGCAGACGGAUUGUUCAGUUGCUUUUAUUCAUAUUUGGAAAUGUGAAAAUGAAAUAAUCUUAAUAUUGCAAAGAUUAAUUGCACCUGGAAAAAUCAAAACAAUGUUGUCUAAGGAGACCAAGUAGCUGCACUUCCUUUACCUUAUGAUAUCAGAUCUUCUGGCUUGCCUUAUCUAUAAUCCCUGGAAACCGAAUUGAUAAUGCUUCUAAUUGCCACAUGUUCAACCUUGGUGCUCUUUUUAUGAAGCCAACCAUGUUUUGUCAACAGUGAAUGAAAUCAUUUCAUUUUGCACUAUUACUCAAAGAAGUCAUGAAAUUUAAUUGGGAUUUGCUUGCUGUAAGACUUUUAAUCUAUCUCAUCCUCAGUUAUAUACAGAAUGUCCAACUUUAUGAUGAACAUGCCUUCUAAUUUUGCACUAUCUGGACAUUUGGUCUGUAGAUGCUAUUUCAAGUGAUUGAACUUUGACUGCAAGGGCAUAACUGAUUACCAAAUCUUGAUGAUGCUGACCAAUGUCUCCAAAUGGUAAGAAAUUC